AAGGUGAAGCUUCAUGACUCUGCUACUCUGCCCUGCUGUGAGAGAUGCUCUGGUUUAGCGAGAUGGACUGUGUUCCACAAACGCAGUGACACUCUGGCUGAGUGUGAUCAGACUUCAUGUAGAUCAGUGAAGGAGGGAUAUCAGAUGAUCCAUGAUCAGUACCUGAAGGGGAAUCUCUCUCUCAUCAUCACUGACGCUGAUUUCAGUAAGAGAGGCUGGUACACGUGUGACUGUGAUGGUAAAGAUCUCUGUGAUGUUCAUCUACAGAUUGAGCCCUUGAACACUACAGUUGAGAUGAUGGCCGGUGAUUCUCUGAUCCUAAGGCUGGACGUAUCAGAUCCAGUGGACGUGAUUUAUAACAGUACAGUUACACCUGGACCAUCCAGUGGUCAGAUCUGUACAGUGGAUGGACCCUCACUACAGUGUAAACCUGAAUACACACAGAGAUCAUCACUCACAUCUGGUGUUGAGCUGAGAAGAAUGGCUCCAUCUGACAGUGGAGUUUAUACUGUAAUGGACAGCAGGAAUAAAGAGGUCAUUCACACCUACACAGUGACCGUCCAAGAUGUACAGCAGAGCUUGAUAUGGAAGGAUGGAUAUCAGAAAGGAAACAGUGAUGGGUAUCAGAAGGGAAGUGAAGAUGGAUAUCGUAACGGAUUGGGAAUCGGAGCAGGCGUUUUUGGGGUCAUAGCUCUGGCUCUUGGUGUGAUUUUCGGAAUGUUUGCUGUGCCGCGGGUGCGUCUUCUGAGGUUGAGAAGAGAAGAUCCCUCAGAAAGAAUAGGAGACGAUCCCUCAGGUGGGCGACAAGCUGAAGAUGCUGAAAGUGGUGUUGCCCUGGCCAGAGCUUGCUAGACAGAAUUCUGAAGACUAAACAGCUUCUGUAAGUUCUCUUCAACUUCAUCUUCUGGAAAAAACUUGAAGAAAAAGAAGCUUGAUGUGAUGAUCAGCCACCGGGACUGUGUCGGAUUUGUCUUGUUACAGUCUCAGUAACUCCUAAACCUCAUGAGAGAAGCAGUACUUCAGUCCUCUAAAACAGCUGUCUGAAGAACGUUUCUUCAGUAGGUUUUAGUUUGGGAUUAG